UCGCUUUCAAGUAAUAAUGAAUCUACUAAGCAAUAAUUGUUCGCGAGAAAUAAUAGUCGAAGCAUACCACAUCAGUUUGACGAAUGUUGUUCGAUUUUCGUGCAUCGGAGCAUAAUUUAGCACAACGUGAUGUGCCUAUAAAUAGAGAGCAAUAAGUUUACGUCGCAUAUUGCAGAAAGGUUUCUUAAUUCCCGGCAUCGUUGACGCCGUCGCCGUCCAUCGACGUGUCAUCCAACAGCAGCAGCAGUAGUGAACAGCUAGGUAUAUUUGCAAAUGGCGUCGUCAAACGAUAAGCAGUCCGCUGCUCAGCUAGACUUAAAUAAAUUAAAACUGUCACCGGAUAGAACAGUGAUAUCCGACGAUGUCCAGGAAGACACGAAAAUAUUUGAGCCACAUUUAUGGGGCUUUGAAACCCGGGAGCUCUACAAGAUCGCGUUAAACUUUUACAAAGAGAAGGAAGGAAAGGCGGUUCACUUAUCUUAUGAAGACAAAUUGAAGCUGGUUGGAUUCACACAACAAGUAACACAUGGUAAAUGCACUAUAGACAAUGCACCACCCCUGGGAGUAUUGGAUGUUAUUGGCAGGGAUCGUCGCUUAGCUUGGCAAAAUCUUGGAGACAUAUCAAAGGAUGAAGCAAUGGAAGGAUUCAUAGUGUUACUGGACAAACUAUGCCCACUUUUCAAGACUGUAGUUGAAGCGCAGAAGAGGGACUUUGAGGAAAAAGUUAGGCUCAAAAAGGAAGAAGAACUUAAGGAAAUUGAGAAAGAAGAACAACGUAAGGAACUCGAGGAACAGCGAAGAAUUGAGGAGGAGGAGAGAAUAAAACAGGAAAAUCAGAGGAGGCAGAUUCAGGAGGCUCUCAACCAACAGACUUACCAUCAGUUUAAAGCAUAUGCUGAACAGCAGUAUCCAGGCAAUCCAGAGCAGCAAGGAGUUUUAAUAAGGCAGCUGCAAGAGCAACAUUAUCAUCAGUAUAUGCAGCAACUUCACCAAAACCAACUAGUAAUUGAAGAGCAAAGCUCAGACACUGAAAAAAAAGACAAACUAUCAGAAAUCCUGAACAAUGAGGGUGAGAAAAACUGUGUCGAAUCCAACGAAACUACACCAUUAAAUGAAAACGAUUCAGACGAAGCUGAGCCGGACUGGCCCCCGAUAUCUCGAGCGGAGAUGUGGACCAGGACUGGGGUAGAGGAAUUUAAAGAAAUAAUUCGCAAGGAAGCCGGAGAUGCGGUGAUUAAAGUGGGCCAUGGUGAAACAGUUACAGUCAGAGUACCAACCCAUGCAGAUGGAUCAUGCUUAUUUUGGGAAUUUGCAACUGAUGGUUACGACAUUGGGUUUGGUGUUUAUUUCGAAUGGUCAAAACCAGAGAGUUAUCAGGUUUCCGUACAUAUUAGUGAAUCUGAAGAUGAGGAUGACGAAGAGGAAGAAUAUGAGAGUCGAGAAGAUUUGGAAAAUGGAGCAAUGAAUAGAACUUCAAAGUCUGAAUAUAGCAAGCCAAGCACACCACCAAUCAGCGUCAUAAUACCUGUCUACAGGAGAGAUUCUCAAGAAGAAGUGUAUGCAGGCAGUCACCAAUAUCCGGGACAAGGUGUCUACCUUCUGAAAUUCGACAAUUCCUACUCACUUUGGCGAAGCAAAACUCUGUACUACAGAGUUUACUACACACGGCCGGGCUUUACGAGUAAUUAGUAUUAUUAAGUAUUUAAGUAAAUUAAUCAAUUAUUCAAGUAUGUACCUACAUAGUUGUUCGACACACUAGCCUGAAAAUGACUGUCUGUACGCUAGUCUAAAAAAAAUCUAUAUUUCACGUACGGUGUCACCUCUCGAAAAAAAAAAAUUGAAAAUGAAAAUAAAAAAAGAAUAUAAAUAUAUAUAUUUAUUAUAUCCAUAAAUCGAAAAGCGUAAGUAAUUUUUUUUAUUCCUCAGAUAAUUAAUAAUUAAACAUUAAUAAGAAUAUUAAUAAUAAUAAUUGAAGUAAUAAUAUUCUUAAUUAUAACAGCACAAUUAUGAGAGAAAUUCACUAAUUGAAUUGUUCUGACGUUGACGUUUAGAAAUAUCCUACGAGACGUAGUUUUUACAUGAUUAAAUAUACAUAUAAAUCGUAUAUGGAGAGUUUUGAGUGAAAACUUGUUGGUACAUCAUUUAUACAUAAUUUAAUAUAAUAUAGGUACGUAUAUCUAAUUGUAUAAUGUGUAUAUGUGUUGCUGAUGCAACGGUGCGACACGCGCCAAACAAUGUGCGUAACGCGAAACACCUAAAUAGAAUUUGAAGUCGGAAUGUAGAUAAUUUUGACUUGGGAUUGAUCUUACUGUAUAUCAUUUAUUAUAUGUUUAAAAAUAAUAAUAUUUGUGUUAUCGGCAAACAUAUAUGUCGGCUAAAAA